AUGUUCCGCAGCAAAACUCUUGAUGUUCUUACUUGCUUCCACAAGCCGUCGGUCUCAGCCUCGACGCGAGUGGUGAAUUUGUUGAAGCAGGCGUCGGCUCAAUCUCAAGCACAUGCCACCGAAGACCAGGCAUCAGACCACACUCCCCAGAACACCAGUGUCACCAGAGACCCCUUCGAGCUGGACAUAACCGAAGCCCCACCAACUCCAGAUCAGCUGAAAAACAUCUUCGAGUACUUGGGCAGUGGCAAAGCUGCUCAGCUGGUAAAGGGAGCGGCAUCGGAAUCUGAUGCCCUGCGGAAGCUGAAAGAGGACGGUGACAAUUUCCAGCGACCUGUGGUUGUGGAUUGGAAUCAGGGCAAAGCUGUCGCAGGCGAGAACGAGUCGGAGAUUCUCAAGCUUGUCAGAGAGCAGCCCAAGUAG